AUGACGUGCAUGGCCAUCUGUGAGAUCGUGCAAGACGAGGAGCUGGUGUGCACGCGCGUGUUCUGCUUCUACACGGACAAGGAGCCCAUCCCCGACAGCGUCGACCUGACCACCAUCAAGGACGCCCUCUACAAGCUCCAGGGCUUCGCCCCAACCAAGGAGUAUCCGACCAAGGCCUAUUCCGACGGCUACUAG